UGCUGCUCCCGGUAACGGAAGUGCGGCCGCGUUGGGUUGAGCGGACUUUUUGGAAGCUUGAGGAGGAGUUCCUUGAUAUGUGCAACAAUGGACCAGAAAAUUUUAUCUCUAGCAGCAGAAAAAACAGCAGACAGACUGCAAAAAUUUCUUCAGACCCUGAAAGAAGAUGAUCUGGCUAAUCUCCUUAAGAAUCAGGCAGUGAAAGGAAAAGCUGCUGGAGCACUCCUGAGAGCCAUCUUCAAAGGUUCCCCCUGCUCUGAGGAAGCUGGAGCUCUUAGGAGACUUAAGAUAUACAGUUGUUGUGUCCAAUUGUUGGAAUCAGGGGAUUUGCAGAAAGAAGUAGCAUCUGAAAUCAUAGGAUUCCUAAUGCUGGAGGUUCACAAUUUUCCAGGAGCAUUAUUGGUUGAAUUAGCCAAUGAGUUUGUUGAUGCUAUCAAAGAGGGCAACCUAAUGAAUGGAAAAUCUUUGGAGCUAUUACCCAUCAUUUUCACUGCGCUUGCUACCAAAAAGGAAAAUCUAGCUUAUGGAAAAGGUGAACUAAGUGGAGAAGAAUAUAAGAAGCAGUUGAUUAACACCCUCUGUUCUGGCAGAUGGGAUCAUCAAUUUGUAAUCCAACUUACCUCCAUGUUCAAGGAUGUCCCUCUGACUGCAGAAGAGGUGGAAAUUGUGGUGGAAAAAGUGUUGACGAUGUUCUCCAAAUUGAAUCUUCAAGAAAUACCACCCUUGGUCUGUCAGCUUCUGGUUCUCUCCUCAAAGGGAAGCCGGAAGAGGGUUUUGGAAGGAAUCAUAGCUUUCUUCAACAAGCUGGAUAAGCAACACAGUGAGGAACAGAGUGGUGAUGAGCUGUUGGAUUUUGUUACUGUACCAUCAGGUGAACUUCGUCAUGUGGAAGGCACUAUUAUUCUACACAUGGUGUUUGCCAUCAAGUUGGACUGUGAACUAGGCAGAGAACUACUGAAACUCUUAAAGGCAGGACAGCAAGGAGAUUUCAGUAGUAAUAUAUGUCCUUUCAGCAUUGCCCUCUUCCUCUCUGUAACAAGAAUACAAAGAUUUGAGGAACAGGUAUUUGACCUUUUAAAGUCUUUGGUUAUAAAAAGCUUUAAGGAUCUUCAGCUUCUCCAAGGCUCAAAAUUUCUUCAGAAUCUAGUUCCUCAUAGAUGUUGUGUUUCAACCAUGAUCUUGGAAGUGGUAAAGAAUAGUGUUCAUAGUUGGGAUCAUGUUACUCAGGGCCUGGUAGAACUUGGCUUCAUUUUAAUGGAUUCCUAUGGGCCAAAGAAGAUUCCUGAUGGAAAGACUAAUGAAGCCAGCUCAGGUCUUUCUAGAAUGCCAAACCAGCAUGCAUGUAAGCUGGGAGCUAAUAUCCUGUUGGAAACUUUCAAGAUCCAUGAGAUGAUCAGACAAGAAAUUCUGGAACAAGUCCUCAACAGGGUUGUUACCAGAGGAUCCUCCCCCAUCACUCAUUUCAUAGACCUGCUUUCAGAUAUCAUCAUGUAUUCACCCUUAGUUCUUCAAAGUUGCUCUUCUAAAGUCACAGAAACUUUUGACUAUUUGUCCUUUCUGCCCCUUCAAACCGUACAAGGGCUGCUGAAGGCAGUGCAGCCCCUUCUAAAAGUCAGCUUGUCAGUAAGAGACUCCUUGAUACUUGUCCUUCGGAAAGCUAUGUUUGCCAGCCAGCUUGAUGCCCGAAAAUCUGCAGUUGCUGGAUUUUUGCUGCUCCUGAAGAACUUUAAAGUUUUAGGCAGCUUGUCAUCUUCUCAGUGCAGUCAGUCUAUUGGUAUUAGCCAGGUCCAUGUGGAUGUCCAUAGCCGUUACAAUUCUGUCGCCAAUGAAACCUUUUGCCUUGAGAUCAUGGACAGUUUGAGGAGAUGCUUAGGCCAGCAGGCUGAUGUUCGACUCAUGCUUUAUGAGGGGUUCUAUGAUGUCCUUCGAAGAAAUUCUCAGCUGGCUAAUUCAAUCAUGCAAACUCUGCUCUCACAGUUAAAACAAUUCUAUGAGCCAGAACCUGAUAUGCUGCCACCUCUGAAAUUAGAAGCUUGUAUUCUGACCCAAGGAGAUCAGAUCUCUCUACAGGAACCACUGGAUUGUCUGCUGUGUUGUAUUCAACACUGUUUGGCCUGGUAUAAGAGUAGAGUGGUGCCCCUACAGCAGAAAGAAGAGGAGGAGGAAGAAGAGGGAUUCUACCAAGACUUAGAUGAUAUGUUGGAGUCUAUUACUAGUAGAAUGAUUAAGAGUGAACUAGAGGACUUUGAACUGGACAAAUCAGCAGAUUUUUCUCAGAACACUGGUAUUGGCAUUAAAAACAAUAUCUGCGCUUUUCUUGUUAUGGGAGUUUGUGAAGUUCUAAUAGAAUAUAAUUUCUCCAUAAGUAAUUUCAGUAAGAAUAAGUUUGAGGAGGUUCUGAGCUUAUUUAUGUGUUACAAGGAACUCUCUGACAUCCUUAAUGAAAAAGCUGGUAAAAGCAAAACUAAAAUGGCCAACAAAACAAAUGAUAGUUUUUUGUCCAUGAAAUUUGUGUCUGAUCUUCUCACUGCUCUUUUCAGGGACAGUACCCAAAGUCAUGAAGAGAGCCUGUCUGUUCUAAGGUCCAGCAGUGAUUUUAUGCGCUAUGCAGUGAGUGUGGCUCUGCAGAAGGUACAGCAGCUAAAGGAAACGGGGCAUGUGAGUGGCCCUGAUGGCCAAAACCCAGAGAAGGUCUUUCAGAACCUCUGUGACAUAACUCGGGUCUUGCUUUGGAGAUACACUUCAAUUCCUACUUCAGUGGAAGAGUCAGGAAAGAAAGAGAAAGGAAAGAGCAUCUCUCUGCUGUGCUUGGAGGGUUUGCAGAAAAUAUUCAGUGCCGUGCAACUGUUCUACCAGCCCAAGAUUCAUCAGUUUCUCAGGGCUCUGGAUGCCACAGAUAAGGAGGAAGAAGAGGUGGAAGUCAGCGUCACUCAAAGAGCAGCAUUCCAGAUCCGGCAGUUUCAGAGGUCCUUGUUGAAUAUACUUAGCAGCCAAGAAGAAGAGUUUAAUAGCAAAGAAGCCCUCCUACUCGUCACUGUUCUCUCCAACUUGUCCAAGCUACUGGAGCCCUCCUCCACUCAGUUUGUGCAGAUGUUAUCCUGGACAACUGAGAUUUGCAAGGAAAACAGCUGGGAGGAUGCCUCAUUUUGCAAGGGCUUGAUGAAUUUGCUCUUCAGCCUCCAUGUUUUGUGUAAGAGUCCUGUGACCCUGCUGCGUGACUUGUCCCAGGAUAUCCAUGGACAUCUUGGAGACAUAGACCAGGAUGUAGAAGUGGAGAAAACAAACCACUUUGCAAUGGUGAAUUUGAGAACAGCUGCCCCUACUGUCUGUUUACUUCUUCUGAGUCAGGCUGAGAAGGUCCUAGAAGAAGUGGACUGGCUAAUCACCAAGCUUAAGGGACAAGUGAGCCAAGAAAUCAUACCAGAAGAAGCCUCUUCUCAGCCAACCCUACCAAAUCAGCCCAUUGAGAAAGCCAUCAUCAUACAAUUGGGAACUCUGCUUACAUUUUUCCACGAGCUGGUGCAGACAGCCCUGCCGUCAGGCAGCUGUGUGGACACCUUAUUAAAGGACCUUUGCAAAAUGUAUACCAUUCUUACAGCGCUUGUCAGAUAUAAAGGCACAGACAACCCAAGAAGGAUGGUAGACCACCUCACACCAUGUACCCAAACAGCAGUGUGGCCAUUUCUGAGAAGGUGCAGCUCUGGCUACAAGUAUCUCCAGGUGUGUCAGCACUCCAGAGGAAUUCCAAAAAAUAUGGAAAAGCUGGUGAAGCUGUCAGGUUCGCAUCUGACCCCGCUAUGCUAUUCUUUCAUUUCUUACAUACAGAACAAGAUGAGUAAGAGCCCAAAACAUACAGGAGAAAAGAAAAAGGAGAAAACCGCUGCUGGGCCCACAGCCAUGGCCAGAGCUCUUCGGGAAACCAAGCCAAUCCCUAAUCUCAUCUUUGCCAUUGAACAGUAUGAAAAAUUUCUCAUCCACCUUUCUAAGAGGUCCAAGGUGAACCUGAUGCAGCAUAUAAAGCUCAGCACCUCACGAGACUUCAAGAUCAAAGGGAACAUCCUGGACAUGGUUCUUCAAGAGGAUGAGGAUGAAGAUGAAGAGGGCACUGCAUCAGAGCUUGAGGGACAGAACAAAGAACCAGCCAAGAAGAAAAGGAAAAAAUAAAUGCCUGAGUUACGUGAACUUUGGGGCUUCUGCUUUUUUUACCCAACAAGCAACAAUGCCCCCUUGUCCUACAGCCUGCACCAGUGUUGGCAUCUUGGUUCUGAACUCAAUUGCACCGUCAGGUAGAGGCAAUCAUUCUUGGCAGGUCCUGCUACUGAAAAAUGGCUGGCCUUAGGCAAGCCCUUUUGCAAAAAGCACAGCUGAAAGCCUGAGUUUAGGAGCCUGCACUGCCCCGGUGAAGCUCCACGGGAGCAAAUAC